AGAUGUUAAAUACUCGGGCCGGCUACCCUGGUCAGGCUGGCUGGCUGGCUGCACAGUCAACAUGAAGGCUCUCUUCCUUCUGGGACUCGUCCUCCUGUCCGUCACGGUCCAGGGCAAAAUCUAUGAAAGGUGUGAGUUGGCCAGAACCCUGAAAAGAUCGGGAAUGGAUGGCUACAGAGGAAUUAGCCUGGCGAACUGGGUAUGUUUGGCCAAAUGGGAGAGUAAUUAUAACACACGAGCUACAAACUACAAUGCUGGAGACCGAAGCACUGAUUAUGGGAUAUUUCAGAUCAACAGCCGAUACUGGUGUAAUGAUGGCAAAACCCCAGGAGCAGUUAAUGCCUGUGGUAUAUCCUGCAAUGCUUUGCUGCAAGAUGACAUCACUCAAGCCAUAACUUGUGCAAAGAGAGUUGUCAGGGACCCACAAGGCAUUAAAGCAUGGGUGGCAUGGAGAAAUCAUUGUCAAAACCGAGAUCUCACUCAGUAUACUCGGGGUUGUGGAGUGUAACCGCGGAAUUUUCCCUCUUCAGCUCAUUUUGUCUCUUUUUCUUAUUAAAAGAGUAGUAGUUAAGUGAAAGGCACACUGUCAGUUUCCCCUUCAAACAAAUAACAUGAUUUACAGAAGCAGGAGCAAAAUAUGGUCUUCCUUCUAAAAGGCUUAAUGUUCACUAAUGUAGUAAUUAUUCGAUAUUAAGCCUCCAAUAUUUUUCAGUUUACAAAUAGAACUAAUGCUGAUGAAAAUUUUGUCUAAAGCCUUGGUUAUCAAAUACAUCUCUAGUACAUUCAUUUCUUGUCAAAGAAAUAACCCAGACUGAAUCUUGAAUGAUACAAGUACUCCCCAAUAUCAGAUGAAAAUAUAACAAAAGACUAUCUUAUAUUGCUCUUAGGCAAAAUCCCAGCUGUGUGGGCAUUUGAUGGCUUCACCUGUUCAGUCAUCUCCAAAAACAGUAAAAAUAACCACUCUUUGUUGGGCAAUAUAAAAUUUUUAAAGAAGCAGAAUGCCAAAUGGCUAAAAAUGGAGACAACCUAUAUUAAGAAUUUUGUUUUCAUUAGGUGUGUUUCUUACUAAAUUGCUAUUCCUUAAUUUUAUUAACUUGAGGAUUCAUGCAUUAUGACUAAAUCUGAGGCAGUUGAGCUUACAAGUAUUGAAAUAAUUGCUAUUAAUGAUUAAUCACAGGUAUGAAAUUAUGCAUGUUGUAAAAAAUACAAACAUUAUCAUUAAAGGCUUUGCAA